AUGACGGAGGUGCCUUACUCGCCCUGUCCCAUAUUCCCCGGGGAGGUGGAGGACUACUACUGCACCAGCUGCCACACGACCUGCAGCGGCCUGUCCCUGCUGGUGGGUCCCCACACGGGCCACAACCGGGUCCCGCUGGCCGCGGCGGUCCAGUACCUUCCGGCGGCCCUGCAGCGAGACGCGCGUGCGCUGGUGACGCGGAUUCAGGAGGAGUACGUGCGGCCCAAGGCGGCGCACUGCGACACGCUCCACGCCACCUUGGCUCACAUGCAGCAGGAGCGGCAGCGGAAGCGCAGGCAGGUGGAGGAGCUCCAGCGCGAGUUGGGCGGCCUCGAUGAAAAGAUAGACGCGCUCACGGAGGAGUGCGCGAUGGCGCUCUGUCACUGGUCCCACCAGCGCGAGGGGUUCCUGCGCCAGGUGCGGCGACUGCUGCAGGGCGGCGACGCCAUUGCACGGACGCUGGCAACACGCGUCAAAGGCACACGCGAUCCCCACCGCGGCGGCAAAGUCGGCGCCGCACGGCAGGCGGCGAAUGAAGAACUGCAUGAACUUCAGCGACUCCUCGCACAACCGCUUGCGUGGCUAGAGCAGGAGGAGGAUGCGGCGCCGGCCGCGCCGGAGUGCAGCAAGGAAUGGCAAGAGCUGCAGUCAGGCCCUCCUGCGACGGCCGACGGAGGUGCCGUCUUCGGCCAGCGAAACCCGCAGGAAUACUCCUGCAGGCAGAUUCGCGGCGUCAGCGGCCUGCGCCGCCGCGGCAAUGACCGUCGACUGGGGCCCUCCGACGCAGAGGCGGUGCUGGAGCAGCUCCUCGCAGAACACAGGGAGCCGCUGACGCAACCGCACACACGACGGGCAUCAUCGCCCUCAUCAGCUGCGACUUCGACUGUCGAGGAGGACGGGGCGAGUAGCUGCGGUGCACCCAGCGAGGCCUCGGCAGGGACGGAGCAACGGCGUCGGCGGCGCGACUUCAAAUGGCGGGAGCGACUUCUUCGGGAGGGCCUCGAUCGCUGCAUGUUUGAUGGCCCUUCAGUGCAGCGAGGACCAACAAAAAACACGGCGGAUGACGAGACCGGCGUCAAUUACACCAGCGGCAGCAGUGGAAGUGGGAGCGUCAGAGAAGCCGUGGUUCACCUGCUGCGCGAUCCGCAACGGCGCUAG